AUUCAUCGCGGGGCGGGGGCGGAGCUCGAGCCCGAUCCGGAGCUGUAAAGCGUUGGUUCGGAGCGGGCGCUGCUAUGGCUGUGCGGGACGCCUGACGUGUGAGCCCGAAUCCGGCGUGGGGCCGGGGACAGGAUAAAAUGCAAAAGGAGAAGGAGCUGUAAUUGCGUGGGCUGCAUAGCUGCAAAUGCUGAGUCUGAUGCAAAGGAGCCCUCUGAUUGCUGCAGUGCUUCAGAACCUGCUUUGCUUGUGCUCCUGUCCCAUAGAAUGCUGGAUUUUUCUGUCCCUUGCAGUGCAGUAUUGGGUCAAAUCUUGGAAGGAAAAUGAGCGACUGGUGAAACAUUGAAGUUUAACAGCAAGCAGGCCCGAAGAUAACGAUGGAGUGCCAGAAAUUUAUCAAGUUUGGGAACCAGCUUCUUCGCCGGAAAAAUGUGGACUGCACUCGAGAAGACAGCCGGCUCUCACGGUGCCUCAACACCUUUGACUUGGUGGCCCUGGGUGUGGGCAGCACUCUGGGGGCAGGCGUUUAUGUACUGGCUGGGGCUGUGGCACGGGUGAACGCGGGACCUGCCAUUGUCAUCUCCUUCUUGAUCGCUGCCUUGGCUUCUGUGCUGGCUGGACUCUGCUAUGGAGAAUUUGGUGCUCGUGUUCCCAAGACGGGAUCAGCUUAUCUGUACAGUUAUGUGACUGUUGGCGAGCUGUGGGCCUUCAUCACGGGGUGGAAUUUAAUCCUCUCCUACGUUAUCGGAACCUCCAGUGUGGCCAGAGCCUGGAGUGCCACGUUUGAUGAAAUCAUAGGUGGGCACAUUGAAGACUUUUGUAAAAGAUACAUGACGAUGAAUGCACCAGGAGUGCUGGCAAAAUACCCAGACAUCUUUGCUGUGGUGAUAAUCAUCAUCUUAACAGGGCUUUUAACUUUUGGUGUGAAGGAAUCUGCCCUGGUGAACAAAGUGUUCACCUGCAUCAACAUCCUUGUCAUCGGCUUCGUUGUGGUCUCUGGCUUCGUGAAAGGAUCUAUUAAAAACUGGCAAUUGACGGAAGAGGACAUUUACAAUACCAGCCAUGGCUUUCAUGGAGACAAUCAAACACAGGGAGAAAAGCUCUAUGGUGUUGGAGGGUUUAUGCCCUAUGGAUUGAAAGGAGUCCUCUCAGGGGCAGCCACGUGUUUUUAUGCUUUCGUGGGAUUUGACUGUAUUGCUACAACAGGUGAGGAGGUGAAAAACCCUCAGAAGGCCAUUCCUAUUGGCAUCGUGGCAUCUCUGCUCAUCUGCUUUGUGGCUUAUUUUGGUGUGUCAGCUGCCCUGACACUCAUGAUGCCUUACUACCAGCUGGAUACCAACAGCCCAUUACCCAAUGCCUUUAAGUAUGUAGGUUGGGAUGGAGCCAAUUAUGCAGUGGCAGUUGGUUCCCUAUGUGCACUUUCUACGAGUCUCCUUGGCUCCAUGUUUCCAAUGCCUCGAAUAAUUUAUGCUAUGGCAGAAGAUGGACUUCUCUUUAAAUUUUUGGCAAAAGUCAGUGAGAAGAGGAAAACUCCAAUAAUUGCAACAGUGACAUCAGGAGCCGUUGCAGCUAUUAUGGCCUUUCUCUUCGACUUGAAAGACCUUGUGGAUCUCAUGUCUAUUGGAACCCUCCUGGCUUACUCGUUGGUGGCAGCCUGCGUAUUGGUAUUGAGGUAUCAGCCAGAGCAGCCUAAUCUGGCAUACCAGAUGGCUCGAACCACAGAGGAGGCAGAUAACAAUGAGUCUGUGAGCACGAGUGAGUCUCAGACUGGGUUUCUGCCAGAGGAAGAGGAGAAAUGUUCCCUCAAAGCCAUAGUUUGUCCCCCAAACUCAGAGCCUUCCAAGUUCUCUGGCUUGGUGGUGAACAUCUCCACCUGCAUCAUUGGUUUCCUUAUUGUGGGCAGCUGUGUCUUGACCGCCCUUGAGCCAAGCACGGUGAUAAAGGCAGUAUGGAUUAUUGCUGCAAUCCUUGUUUUCAUUAUCAGCUUCAUUGUAUGGAAACAGCCUGAAAGCAAAACUAAGCUUUCCUUUAAGGUACCUCUUCUGCCCCUUCUUCCUAUCGUGAGUAUUUUUGUGAAUGUUUACCUCAUGAUGCAGCUAGACAUCGGCACGUGGAUACGGUUUGCAGUCUGGAUGCUCAUAGGCUUUGUCAUCUACUUUUCCUACGGCAUAUGGCACAGCGUGGAAGCUGCAUACGCAGCAUCAGCAGACACAGAGAGAAGCAUGGACACUCCCUCAGACAGCUGCAAAUGACCACGUGUGUAGCUCAUGGGCGACUGGGGACCGCUGCGGCGAAAGCAGCUGUGCCGUGGGGCUCCUGAAGUGUUGCAUCUGGUUAAUCAGUCCUGCAGCAAGAAAGAAGAGCGGUGUGGGACUCCCCAGGCCUGUUGCUGCAGCUUGCAGUUUGCUUAGUAGCGCAGUUAAAAGGGAUCACAAGGAAAAAAAAGCUGCUCCCAGCAAUGCUGUCAGCUGGUCUGGGGCCAUGCACUCUCCCCUCCUUCCUCCUGUUGUUUUGUUUUGUUUUGUUUUUCAAUGUCUAGAAAGAAAACUGCUUCUGUGUGCCAGUUACCCUGAAAUGCUGCUAUGAAACCAGGCCUCACAGAGGUCCUUCUUUCGGUAGCCCUGGAAAUGACCUCCCCAGAGAUAUUCUACCUGAUAUACACAGAGCACAUCUGCAGUGCUAUUGUCACGCUUAGACCAGGCCCUUCCUUCACCUGAUGUGAGCUGUACCACGUAUGUACGUACAAAGAAAAGGCUCUCAGCAAACAUGAGCAUUCACCUUGUUAAGAAAGCACCUGCAAGAUUUAUGUUCUUCAGAGCAACGGGCUUCAUAGUUUUUAUUGCAUUUUUCUUUUAACUUGGUAUCCAUGUACUUCAUACACACUGCCACUGUGAAGUGCUGGGAGGUUUAUGGCCGCUACUUGUUGGUUGGUCACUUGGCAGUGUGCAGAUAACACCAAUGGAUGUUUCUGUUAACUUCAGGCUCAGCAGAGGGAUUUGGGGUUUAGUCAUAGAAAUAUCUGGCGCAAGUACUUGAAUGUCUUUAAUGGCACAGGUGUCUCCAAGGAGCCUUCUACCUCUUCACGUCAGAGCUGACCAGCAGUGGGGCUGAACUGGUGAGGUGGCAGAAGUGCUCUUGAGCCCAGCUCUGAAAAUGUGGUUGGUUGGGAAGUUAGAGGAGCUGCCCCAGCGUGGGCUGUUUGAAUAGCAGAGUGAAGCAUUUGGCUGUGAGCGUUUGGCACCAGGGCGAAGUGUGUUUCUGUCCCUGGAAGGAGGAACAUAGAAGAGACUCAAGAAUGUUGUAGGGUCUUCUUCUUCCCAGUGCUCCCAUCAGAGCAGGGGGCCACACAGCCACUCAAUAGGGGCUGGCUUAUUAUGGAUGGGCCUUCGAGCAAACAAGGUCUUGUGCAAGUUGUCCCUGCCCAGCCCAAGCCAUUCUGUGAUUCUGUGAAGUUCAGACCAAAGUCUGUGUUGAGUUGGGAACGCUUAGCUUUCUUGAAAGGCAAUUUUAGAGAAGAUUCUCUCAAGUAUCUCCCCAGGCAAAUUCACUGCCCUGAAAGCAGCUUGUGGAAGCAUCCAGAAGGUGAGUUGUGCCCACACAACACCAUCACUUAAAUGCUCUGAAUAACAAGAGCCAAGCAGAUACUGCAGAAAUCCUCUCUCCUAACUUGUGUGGGGGCUGCCCCAGGUGUCCUUCACGCUGCUGCCUCCCACACCUGGGGCUGUUGCUCUGUUGGCCAUCAUAACUCCUGCUGCUGAAGGGAAGGAUGCCUGUCCCCAGCAUAGUGGUGGGGACCGAGGAGCAGACUCCAUACAGCUUAGCCAGUGACUCAGCAGGAGCCUGGUGCAGCAGAAGGGGGAACCAGACCAUCUCCUUCAGUCAUAUCGUGCUGGGUCAUGUCUUGCAGCCCUUCAGCUUGCUAGGAGUUCCAGUCUUGGCUUUCUGGCACACUGGGAAGCUACUCUCAGGGCUGGAGCUGGAUGGAGGGAACGUGCUCUGUGUGUUGCUGUCUGGGUGUAUUUUCAGGGUGCUUUCAGGCUGGCAGAUGGCCUUGACCAUCUGCCAAUCCUUUUUGCCUUGCGCACAUACGAAGUCUUACUGAAGCAGGGAGAGAAGAGUAUGAAAAUUAAACCCUGGGAGGCUGAGAUCUAUUUUGAUGUAACCAACCUCUGUGUGUGCCACAACCUCCUGGAAAGCACUGCGGGUGUGAUAGGAUUUGGAAACAACGGGAACUCAGAGUGUGUGCAAGUUUCCCACUGUACCAAAAGUGGAAGGAGCCUUUUUUGCUGCCUGAGGUACCAGCUCAGAGCAAUGCAGGUGUUCAGCAUUGACAGCGUGAGGAUGGAUUCUGAUAGAAGUGUAUUUCCAAAGAAAAUUAUCUACAAAUAUGCAGAUUUCUUGAUCUAUUUUUGUUUAUAUGUAAAUGUUAACUUAUUUUUGUUGUCUUCUUAGGGAUCUGUUCUGGUAUUUAUAUCCCGUAACUUUAUAUCAGCUUUUGUGGCCUGCAAUAUCAGCACUUAGGAGAAAGGGGGAACCUGGAUCCGGCUCAUUUUCCUGUCAUUUCCUUUUCUCCCAGAAGGUUUCAUAGGAAAAUCCUUCCUUUUGGCCACACUUUGUGUUGUUCCGAUGUGCCAUGCCCUGUACCAUGCCCUGUGCCAGGCUGUGUGUGGGGACGCAAUGAUUUGCUCACUGCUGCCUGCUCUGCCCUGCCCUCAUUGCUGCAUCCCUGCCCCGCUUGGAUUUGCAAGCCGAAAGGUGGAAUUUUGGCUGCCUGUUUCUGGGGUGAUGUUUUCAAAUGGGUGAUUUAUUAUUAUUAUUAUUGUUUUUAAUUUUCAUUGAAUUUUUUUUUUGUUGGUCUCUGCAUCCCUGCUGAUGUCUGCAUGUCCCACAGGUCACCCCGGGUAUCUUUGGGUACAUGCAUCUGCUGCUAUCACCUCGCUCUUGUGAACAAGACUCCUCUCCUCCAUUGAGCUCAUCUUUGUAAAUAGUUCAGCGAUUAUUUUGCUUUAUGGUUAUGUUUUGGACAGGGGGAUUCUGCAAGAUGGAAGGGUGGGAACAGAGAAGUGCUGCCUUUGCUUGGUGCCAGAGCAGACCCUUCUCUGUCAGUGUGAUGACUCUGCCCGUGGGGCGGCCUCAGGUUGGUCAGCCUGGAGAGGAGCCACCAGCACAUGGCCGGGCAGCCUUUCUCAAAGGCAAACUACUGUUACAGCAGUGCCUUUCUCACCACAAAGGCAAUUUGGUGUAAGAAUCGUGACUAGCUUUUACAUCCUUCCUUACAAACAUCAUUCUUUGGUUGCUGAAAAUCAUUGCCAGGUGGGUUCUGGCUUCAUUUCUUACUUUUCUGAUCCCGUGGGGUGCAGUUCACCAUCCUCUUGCAUGGCUGUGUGGGGGUCACCCAGCCCUGUUGUGGGACAGGGAGCAGAGCCUCGAGCCUUGUGGCUGUGCAAGGGCAGGGUUUUGCAAGGGGGGGGCUCUGAACAUGGGCGCUCAGCGGUGCCAAACCAAACCCCUGUGGCAGUGGGCAGUGCCGUGGGCUCCCUCCAUUCCCAUUGACCUGGAGACAAAGCAGUGUUAGGGGGAAUCAUAUCUUGUGAGAUCAACUCCUUUAGUGGUGCUGUUUUCCACCGGGAUCUCUCAAAUUCCAUCCCCAGGAAACCACCCACAAAUGAGCACUGCAAUCGUCUGCCCAACAUGCAUCUCCACCCCAUCCCUGCUCAUGGGACCGUUCCCUCUCUGUGUCUGAGCCCCCACCCCUGCAGGGCAUGGAGGGCGGCACCUCCUGGGAUGCUCUCAGGGAAUUUGCCCCCAGGCCGAGCCGUGCCCUCAAAUGCUCCACAGAGCAACAGUGAGCGCGGCCAGCAAAGAGACUUUACGGACUGAAGCCAUGGAAGAGUCUGUACAGUGUUUAUUUUUUAACUGUUAAGCGAAAUGUAUAUACCUUUCUGUUGACGGUCUAUUUUCCUAGUGGUUUCUCAGAGUUUCUUACAGGCGUGUUAAAUAGUUUCGAUGCUUGUUCUGCAAACAGAUCUGUUUUUCUAUCUUUUUUUAACCUUUCUUUCACUUGGGUUUCUUUCUUCCAUGUCCAUGCAAUGCUUGAUGAAGCCUUGAACCUUCCCUCCUCCUACCCCCUUUAUGCUUGUGCACAGCUCCCUUUUGUCCUGCUGCCACUGUAAAAUCCUUCACCACCAAAUGAAGCUUUUGGCAAUUCAUUUCUCAUUAAGUGGUACAGCAUUAAAGCAUUGCUCUCGCUACUCCAAUAAA